AUCAUAACGUCAAAAACAGAAGAAGUGCAAGACAAGAAGUAACAUAGCAACAGCCUGUACAGAGAGGGAUUCAAGUAACCUGUUAGACUCUCCUCAGCUUCAGGAACAAGUAACAGAAGAAGACAUAGUGACGCUUUUCUUUUGGAAAGAUGUUAUGGACAUUUAGUGAGGCUUUUACCAACAGAGCGUAAUGUUAUGGACUGUAUGUACAUCCAGCUAGCUCACUGGCUAGCCACAUGGUGCUAGCUAGAUGCUACUGCGUCACAGAAGAGCAUUUCUAUGGAUAAACAUGUAUUAAUGUGGGAUUUUAGACAGCUACCAAACCACAGGUUCGUCUUUGAAAAGGUUCAGUCCUCCUACCAACUGUCAUGGACAAAGUGAAACCACGCAGCAAUGAUAAGGAUGAAGAGCACCUCUCCACAGACCAAGAGAGUAAAGAGAAGAGCAAAGAUAAAAAGACGCUGUGUAAAGUAAAGUGGUCCCGAGAUGAGGAUGAAAAGCUGAAAAAACUUGUUGAGCAACAUGGAACUGAGUCCUGGAAACUAAUAUCUAACUUUUUUCCAGGGAGGACAGAUGGCCAAUGUCAGCACCGCUGGCAGAAGGUGCUGAACCCAGAGCUGGUGAAAGGACCCUGGACAAAAGAGGAGGAUCAAAAGGUUAUUGACCUGGUACACAAGUAUGGCCCCAAGCGUUGGUCGGUGAUCGCCAAACACCUCCAGGGGAGGAUUGGAAAGCAGUGCCGUGAACGGUGGCACAACCACCUUAACCCAGAGGUGAAGAAGUCCUCCUGGACUCAGGAAGAGGACCGAAUCAUCUACGAGGCCCACAAACGCCUCGGCAACCGCUGGGCAGAGAUCUCCAAGAUUCUUCCCGGACGGACGGACAACUCCAUCAAGAACCACUGGAACUCCACCAUGAGGAGGAAGGUGGAGCAUGAGGGGUACCUGCAAGAUGGCAGCAAGAUUUUCACCUCCUCUCAGGCUGGAACGAAGAGACGCCACCACAGACCGUGUCCUCCAACUCCAACAGAGCCCCAGCACUGUGAUCCCAGUCCCCUGCCGAUACCGGGACCCAACCAGAUGGGGGGCUAUCCUUAUGAUCCUCACAGUAGACACUUGAUGGACGGUCUUCCUGAUAAUUCUGGCUUCAUAUCGCCAUCCUCCCCGGAUGAUCCCGACAAAGAGCAAAGAAUUAAGGAGCUUGAGCUCCUGCUUAUGUCAGCAGAGAAUGAAGUCCAGCGACAAGUGCAGUGCAGAGGUCCACGUAGUUUGGAGCAGUACUCAGCCUGGUCCGACAGUCUGUCAGAUGACACGUUGACUACAAGUAGCAGCAGCCUAGAGGAGCAGGCGGAGAGAAGGCCCUGGAGGGGCCCCGAGAUCCCCCAAGGACCUCCACCACAGCUUCCUGUCUCCCCCAGCAAGUUCCUGGCUGUAGAGGCCAGCACUGUGCUUUCUUCCCUGCAGACCAUACCAGAGUUUGCAGAAACCAUGGAGCUCAUUGACUCGAUGUGUUUUGCUCUGCAGGACCCGGGUGUAUGGAGCGAUGUGGCUAGUUUCGACUUGUCAGAGACAGCGACGCCGCCCAGGCACAACCAGGCAGGCUACACCACUCUCCUGCAAGAGAGGACGAUUGACAAUUCACUGGGCUUCCCAGUCAACACUCCGCCUUCCGUCACCUCCCUGACUCCUAUCAACUCAUCCAAACCCACCCAGGCAUCCAUUGGGAGGAGGAGGAGAAGAGAAAGAGGGGAACCGUCUCCUUCUUGUGACAGGACCUGCUCCUCCUUCUUGGAAAAUAUCUCAAAUUCUCCCAAGAAAACACCCACAAAGUCACUGCCCUUCACCCCGUCACGAUUCUGCAACAUAUCAGGCGCGGAGCAUCUGAAUCUGGAUAACCCCGCCCUCACCUCAACGCCUGUGUGUUGCCAAAGGUGUCUCCUCAACACGCCGCUUCACAAGGAAACCACACCUAAGCACCAGAAAGAGAAUGAUGGUUUGCGGACCCCCAAGUACCGUAAAACUGUCAUGAUUCCGAGGACACCAACCCCCUUCAAAAAUGCUUUGGCUGCCCAGGAGAAAAUGCAUGGGCCACUGAAGAUGGAGCCACAGCCGUUGGCAUUUUUAGUAGAAGACAUUCGAGAAGUUCUGAAGCAGGAGACUGGAGCAGACAUCUUUAACAGAGCCGACGUCCAGCCAGACUACAGAGCAUGGAAACAUAAUAUUGAUGGCCCAGCUAGAAAGGUGCGUAAGUCUCUUGUGCUGGACCCCUGGGGGAAAGACUGCCUAAACGUCCAACUCUUCCAAGAUCAGCUCAACAACGCACAAGUGCCAGAUGAAAGUAUACUGACGGGCUCUUCGCUGGUCGCCCCAAUCCCUGAGCAAGAGGAGUGUAGCCGUUCCUUGACUCCAGGACGAGAGGAGCUCUCAUUAAUCCCCGCUCAUCCUCAUCGCUUUACCAGCACCCGGAUGAAGAAGCUCCUCUCCUCCCACAAAGCACCAAAACACGCCAUGGUACAGGUGAGUGAGUGGGAAGCAGUGGUUUAUGGGAAGACGGAGGACCAGCUGAUUAUGACCGAGCAGGCCCGUCAGUACCUGAACCCCUACACGUCCUCCGGCUCUACCUCAAGGGCCCUCGUGCUUUAAAGCCGUCCCCCUCGCUGCGCAGGCAACACUACUUCUACACCCGUCCAACAACUAAAACCUCCACUGAAUCCUGUAAGAGACAAUCCAGUGAAGACAAAUGAUUUUAUUUUUUAUUUUGAAGCAGAAAUGCACUGCCAAGGACGUCCACAAAAAGGCAUGGCUGCUGGUUUUUCCACACAUUUCUAGAUCACUGCCCAAGUAGUUUCCUGCUCAUAGGUUUGUAUUUUCCUUUGAAUACACUCAAUCUGUCAGCAGUUUUGUACAAAUAUAAAAAAAGGCUAGAAUUUCUUUCUGCACUAGUCAGUAAUGUUGAAACAACCUGCACAUACAGUAGGCUGUAGAAAUAGACUGUUUAUUACUAGCAGUGGCUGCUUCUGAGUUUUAUAUUGUUAAUAUAUUGUUUAAAUGACGAGAAUUUUAUAAUGUAACGCUACUCAUUGUGUAUCUCCUCCAGCUUGUUUAGCUAAACUGCCCCGUUGCUGUUGUCACAUAAAAACCACGUGAAGCUUUUUUAUUGACACUCAUGUAAAUCACACCAUGGGUUUAUAACUAAACACAUACAGAACAGAAUAUAAUGUCUUUGAAAUUAGAGAAAAUGCAGUCACGUGUUUUUUAUUUGAGACAACAGUGUUACAUUGCUGAAUCCAUGGUGAUGUGAAGUUUUUUAAGGAUGGAAAUAAGUCAGUAUUGCACUACUGAGUUGAUUUCGCUGCUGAGAAAGGAGCAGUGUUUUUAAGGACAAACUGGAUAGCACUUGUGAUGGUAUCUUUUAUUUUAACAACACGUUUCCUUUCCAAGGCCGUAGUGUCCGUCGAGACAUCGGUUGAAUGUAUUUCAUUGCAAUGUUCACGUGUAAGAACCUCAAAUAAUGGAAGGGUACCUUAAUGUUUAUUUCUGCUUAUUUAUUAUCUGACAGCUCUAAAGCUUAGAUAUUAAUAUAAAUCGGACACCAUGAGUUUUUAAGAAGUUUAACUUUGCUGACAAAACAGCCUAAAAAAACCCCUCACCUGCUCUAAAACAGCUCUCUGUAACAGAAAAUGACCAGUUUUCAUAUCAUCAGUGUUCUACAACAAGCAUUUGGUCGAGAAGGAUUUACUUUUUAUGUGAAGGCUGUAGGUUUUAUUUAUUUAAUGUCUACUAAUUUAUUUAUUUCUAAAAAAAAAGAAGCAAACAUUUUAAGAGAAAUUAUUGAAGAAUUUUAUUUUUUUCUUUCAAAAUCAGGAUUGGGCUACCGUUCAGUUUCAUUACUCCAAGUUAGAAGAACAUGCACUGCCACUAAUUCAAUUUCUUUCCCUGAUCCGGCAAGAUCUAGCAAAAAUAAUCAUUGUGUAGUUGUAUCUGUGAUCUUGUAACAUAUAGAUAUAUAGGACGUUUUCUUCCUUUUGAUUCAAAUGUGUUCUUCGCUAUUAGGUAGCGGGACUCCAUCUCCGACCUCUAAUCAUAGACAAAUUGCACUUUUUACUCAUCAUUUAAUUUUAAAUGUUUGUUCAUUCUGAUGAUGUAGCUCUUGUCCUUUUAUUUUUGCUGUGUGUUUGUGCGUGUGUGUUAGACGGUUGUCUCCCCGUUUUGUAAUGAAUGCUGACAUUACAUUGAUCUGCUGCUUGAUUUUAACAUAUUUUCUCCUGUUCUGCUGCAGAAAUGUGUGCUUAAAUACACUACAUUGAAGCCUUACAUUACAUUUUUUUAUUUAGACGGCUAACACAGACCGUCUUAUUACAACAAGAUCAAAAUUUAAUCCCUGCAGCAGCCAGUGUUGCAACAAUCUCGUAUCCUGCUGAAAUGCCCUUGAGCAAGACCCCAAACCCCUACCAGCUCAACUUGUUAUUGUGAGUGAACAAAGUGCUUAAAAAUGUAAUGUAAAUAUGCACAGAUUUGGGUGUGAUUCUACAGAAAUGUACUGCACUGUGCUUCCAUGUUAACAGGCUGAUUCAUGUCAUUUUUAAGCAUCCCGUCUAUAAUCUGGUGAAGUAACACUAGAGCUAUAAAUGCUCUUCUUUGUAUUAUCGGCAUUAGCGGAUCCAGUAUUGGUUAUAAUCUGGAUUAUCCUGCAUUAAGCAUUUGAGUGAGAAUAAGAAGGGAAUCUUGUCAGGGAGAUCAAGUGGAAAGAUCAGGAGUAUACAGUUCACAACUCUGAAACAGAAAGCAGACUAACAUCCACAUUUGUUUUUGAAUCUGGUGGCUGAGAUGUGUCUAAUCUGUAUAUAAUUACAUGUCCUUGUUUGUUGGUUUGACUUGUGUUUGUACAUUCCAUUUGUUAAGUUAAUAUGUUUGUACGUUAACAACAUCUGGCCUUGUAACAUCAUAGGUUUUGAGGGAAUUAAGUACAUAUACAGGAUAGCAGCAGCUGUUAUAUACUACUGUAGUUAUGCAUGAGCAAUACACAAGAUGCUGGACUUUGCUUUAAUCGACGAGGUGAAUCACAGAUUUAACACUUUUGUAGCAUUUUCAGUUGAAAUCGUAACCAAGGUACCAUAGAGAUCCUGCCAACUGUCUUUGUAACCAUGUACUUAAUUUUGAAAAAUAAAUGUUGCAUGACAUUUA